AUGAAUGAUUAUAAUGUUGCUCUGUGUCUGGUCUAUGUGUUCCCAGUCAGCGGUCUGUCUGAUGGAAAGUGGCACUAUGUGGCCGUCAGUGUGUCUGCCAAGCGGCUGGCGAUAUAUGUGGACUGCUCUCUGCUGGAGAGUGUGGACUGGGUGUACCACGGCAUGGGGAUCAGCACAGAUGGGCUGCUAAUGGCUGGAGGCAUCAUUGAGGGCUUUGAGACUCCAUUUGAAGGUCAUCUCAGACAGCUGACCUUCCUGAUGGACGACCCAGACGCCGCCCAGCAACACUGCAGCCACCACCCACCCCGCUGCAGUGAGACGGCCCCCAAACCUCCUCGCUCCCCACGCACCGACAGACUAGAGAAUAUUCUGCUGUCCUCAAAUGACCUGGAGGACCUGCUGGGGGAUCCCGAGGAUGAGUCAUUUUUGAGCCUUGGCAAAACUAAUGUGUUCUUACACCGAGGGAGUUCUCGAGGGGAUGGGACAGUUCUUACAGGACCCAAUCGGAAAGGUUCAGUAGUUCGUGGGGAUGUCUUUGUGGUGGAUGAGGACACUGACUUGUUGGAUCCAAUCUUCCAAAAUGGUGGACAAGUGAACCCCCAGUGGAAGCCCCCCAGAAAUGGCGCCAAAGGAAAGCCUGAAAUGUCCUCUAAACAUUCAGAGGAGAAUAUUACCACAGAGAAGAAGACAAAUUCUAGUGGGAGGACUUCAUCGCUGUUCCCUGGAAAACCAUCCGAUGACAUAAUUGACCUAGACACCGGAAACACACCCAAGAAGCCCUCAGUGGGGUUUCCUGCACUUCCCAGGAUCCCUUCAGAUCCUAGAACAUCCACAAACUCCAGCAAACUAAGAGAGGAGACAGAUGAUCAGGCCAGGACUGUCUCACCUAUACCUCAUGUCAUCACCUCUGACCCAUCUGCACAGGCAGUAGUUGAGGAGGGGGGACCCAACGCCACACAGAGCACCACAGACUCGGAUCAUAGAGCCAAGAACAACCAUAGACAGCCAGACAGGGAGCACCCCGGAACUGUGGCCAUUGUAUCCAUCGAUGGUGACCUGGUCCGGAGCUCAGAUGGGAAAAUGUACCGGCUCCAGAGAGGACCACCAGGCCGAAUGGGUCCUCCAGGACAAGAGGGUAAAACGGGCCCUGAAGGUCGUCCAGGAAAAAGGGGGGAGUCAGGACCUCCCGGACCGCCAGGUUUACCAACACUCUACCUGUGGAGGAAUACUGCUGAGGAAUGGGCUGCCUUCCAGAGUAAAGAGGGUCCAACAGGACCACCUGGAGAGAUGGGCAGGCCUGGGCUACAGGGGCCUGCCGGUGAACCUGGGGACCGUGGACGACCAGGGAUGCCAGGAGAGAUGGGGGAGCAGGGUCCCAGGGGUCCUCCAGGACGAGCCGGGGCCCCAGGGAGAGAUGGUGAAAAUGGAGAAGACGGUCAGCCUGGGUCACCUGGUGCUCCUGGAUCACAGGGCCCCUGGGGAUACAGGGGAGAACGAGGGUCCAAAGGGGAAAAGGGUGAUGAGGGUCUCAUCGGCCUCAAGGGUCCAAGAGGGGACAUUGGUGAACCUGGUGAGAAGGGGUCUCAAGGGGUCAGAGGUGGCUACGGGCUAGAGGGGCCCCGUGGUCCUGAUGGGGAGAGCGGGCUGGAUGGCCCCCCAGGUCUGCCAGGGCCAACGGGAGCACCAGGUGUUACAGGAGGUGUUGGCGCUCAAGGAGUUAAUGGCUCGAGGGGGCCUCCAGGUUUAGAGGGACAGAUUGGACCCCCUGGACUCAGAGGGCCUCAAGGGCCUGUGGGACCCAUGGGUGCCCGGGGGGAACCCGGCUUUGAGGGGCCCAUGGGUAACAGGGGACCAGAUGGGGACAAGGGGGAUGUGGGACCUAAAGGCAACAAGGGUAUUAAGGGGGCAGAAGGCAUUAAGGGUCCUCAGGGAGAAAGGGGCCCCACCGGCUUCCAAGGUUUCCCAGGGAACAAGGGCCAGCCUGGCCCCAAAGGCACUGAGGGUCGGACUGGACAGAGGGGCCACACUGGCCAGCCAGGCCCAUCGGGUUUGCUGGGGCCACCUGGACCAGAGGGAGCAGAAGGAAAGCCUGGUAUACAGGGUCCCUCAGGUGCAACUGGCAGUGACGGCAGUAAAGGACUGACGGGGCCACCAGGGAAGACAGGACCUCCAGGCUUACCAGGACCCCCAGGAGAGAUGGGUAUCCAGGGGAACGUGGGCAUGCGUGGGCCUCCAGGUUUUAUGGGAGAAAGGGGUGAGCCAGGUUUACGAGGUUUAUCUGGGCCUGUCGGGAAGCCAGGACCUGCCGGUCUGCCAGGUCCUCCUGGAGAGAAGGGACUCCGGGGACCUCAGGGCCCUCCAGGUGUUCCAGGUGCCGAUGGGGCAAUUGGAAAACCCGGACCCAGGGGAAGUAUAGGGCCCCCAGGAUCUCAGGGGCCACAGGGGCCAGCAGGAAUCCCAGGCCCACAGGGUGCUGAUGGGUUAUUAGGAGCAGCAGGGGAAAGAGGACCUAAGGGUUUACCUGGUUCACCUGGUGAUGCUGGCCACACAGGACAAGAUGGACAACAGGGUCUCCCUGGCCAAACAGGAAUCGAAGGACCACCUGGACAGAAAGGAGACCAGGGGGACAUAGGGUCUUGCGGGAAACCUGGUCCUCCAGGGCUCCCAGGAGAUAGAGGACUUGAGGGCCCAAAAGGCCUACAGGGACCACCUGGACCAGCGGGUAAAGAGGGCGAUUUCGGGCAUCCUGGUGAAGCUGGAGAUCCUGGGCCCAAAGGGGAGAAGGGUGAGGUGGGACCUCCAGGUUUGUCUGGUCGAGAAGGCCCCUGGGGAGCCCUCGGAGAAAAUGGAGAAAGGGGUCCAAAGGGAGAGAAGGGCCACAUUGGACUAAUGGGUGAACCAGGGUUGAUGGGUGAAGUGGGACCUGUAGGUCUGGUGGGGAUAAAGGGAAUCUCGGGCCCUCGUGGACCUCUGGGGCCAAAUGGACCUCAAGGACAUAAGGGAGAUUCUGGGCUCUCAGGAAUGACUGGACCUCCCGGGUCAGGAGGCCCUCAGGGAAUAAGUGGAGCACGUGGCAUCAGAGGAGACACAGGGAGGCUGGGACCACCUGGUCCAGUAGGACAAGUUGGACCUCAGGGAGAUCAGGGAGCUAAAGGGGAACCGGGGCCACAGGGACUGAAGGGAGAGCCAGGAGCUCCAGGCCCACCAGGGGAACAGGGUGAGGAUGGUGUGCCAGGAAUCCAAGGUCCUCCAGCUCUCCCAGGGUUUGAGGGGCCUCCCGGAGAGAUGGGACCCCAGGGUCCCCCAGGGCCCACAGGCACUCCUGGAGACGAUGGCAGGAAUGGAGCACCAGGGAAGACAGGACAUGUUGGCAGGAGGGGAAUCCCUGGGUUGCGUGGAGAGCUGGGGGAUCAAGGUGAAAAGGGAAAAGAGGGUGAGAAAGGAGACAUGGGACUGCCAGGACCACCUGGAGGUGAUGGCAUGAAGGGAAUUCGUGGUCCUGAUGGGUUGCCAGGUCCAGUGGGCCUAAAGGGAGAGCAGGGGAGUAUUGGUUUUCCAGGGUCGAGGGGUACACCAGGGAUGCCAGGACUGCCCGGUUUGUUUGGAUUAAAGGGUUUGAAAGGAUACCAAGGUUUGCCCGGUCUGCCUGGCAGGAGGGGCCUCCCGGGUCCACCUGGCGUUCCUGGACCUCCAGGAGAGUCGCUGAACAUGACUUUGACUCAGCUCAAGGACCUGAUGUACGUGUCCGAUAAGCCCAACUAUCCCCUGAUCCAGACUCUGCUGGAUUCUCUGCAGCAGGAGCUUCGGCUGCUGGUGGAUCCUCCGGAUGGCAGCAAGGAGUAUCCUGCCACCACCUGUCUGGAGCUCUGGCUCUGUCACCCUGAAUACAGCAGUGGAAUGUAUUACAUUGACCCCAACCAGGGCAGCCCGGCUGAUGCUCUGCUGGCCUACUGCAGCUUCUCUUCCACAUCAAAACAGACCUGCCUCCAUCCUCGAGACUCUCAGCUGCCCAUAAAAGCUUGGAUGGAAGAAUUUUUGGAGGAAGGAUCCUUUGAGUGGCUCAGCAGGCUGGAGCAGGGGUUUCAGUUUUACUAUCCAGGUGCUAAUGUGGUCCAGAUGCGUUUUCUGAGGUUACACAGUAGCACUGCCGUCCAGAAGGUGACCUUCUCCUGCCAUCCAGGACACAGACUGGGCCAGACAGACAGAGACAUCAAGUUCCUCACUGACACAAGGAAGCAGAGUUACCUUGGGGAACUUAAAGACUGUGUGCCUGGAGAGGAGACGGUUUCUGGACCUCGAGAGUCUGUGUUCGAGUUUGAGGACCUCCAGCUGCUUCCUCUGAGAGACUUGGCACUAAUGGGAGGUGGAAACGUCACAUACCAGUUUGGCUUCACUGUCGGACCUGUGUGUUUCAGCUAG